CACCGACCAGUGCGCACGUGCGAAAUUCAUCGCUACAUACCUACUUUGUCCAUAGUGGUUAAAUAUAUAAAUGUACCUAAUCUUAGUUGUUAAUAAUUAAUUCAAAAGAAAAUUAAUUCAAUCGACAUAUUGUAAUUCGGGUUAAGCGAGCACAAAAGCCACAAAACGAAACUUUAACUCGACAAUAAUAAAUCAGUUAUAAAUUUUCGGAACUCGCUUUCUAUUCGUUGCAAACGCAACAUCUUAAAGUUUCGUUUUACCCGGAUCAAGUGAAGCGCCUACAAUGCCGCGGCUGUCGGAUGCCGAAGAUGAUAGCAUCGAACAAAGCUGCCCGCUCUGUAGGUUUCCAGACAAUAGCCAGAUGGUCAGCUGUGACGAGUGCCGACAGUGGUACCAUUUCUCCUGUGUUGGUGUGACCGAAGCUAUUGCCGACCACGACUGGAGCUGCCAGGAUUGCCUACAUGCCAGAUUUCCUGCUUCAGUGUCGCAAGCCGUCACGCAAUCACCAGAAUAUUUGUCUCUCGUUAAUUUAUUCGCACGAUCAGUUGCCUCGGUUUUACCUCCAGUUCCAGAAGAACAAACCAUGUCUGGUAAUGAGUUCCCUAUAAGCCAAUUUUUUGUUUCGCCGGUCGCUCUGGCGUCAACAAUUAGCGCAGAAUAUUCCGUAGCGGCCAAUCAAAGCUUUGUGAAUUCUAUUCCGCAAACUGUGCCUGUUAUGACAACUGCACCGUCGGUACCAGCGCGAUCGAAUCUCAUUUCUCAAUUACCUAUGGAACUGAGACUCCGCUACCUCGAAGAGGAACAAAUCCUCGAGAGGAAACAUCUGAUGCAAAGAUACCGUCUACUAAUAGAUACGCCUACAGUGUUACAUCCAAACUCGACAAUUCCAGUGCCUAGAUUCCCUUGUAGCUCAGAGCCGAUUAUUCGACCUUGCACAUCUUCAGGUUCUCAACAACGGCCUCCGGCCAGUUUACCAACCGCCCCAGUGUUUUGUAACCCGCAGUCCCAAUCUUCGCCGGUGUGUUACUUUGGAAAUUCAAGCAGGCCGGUUGGAUCCAGUGCUGGCCCACAGUGUUUUCCUUCGCUAGUGUCGUCUCGUGCAAACGUUCCAUACACGCGUCCGCUUGACCCGUCGCUUGCUACUAAUGUUGGGAAUGAAUCCACUUUACUUAAUAGAAGCCAGAUAGCUGCUCGUCAAGCCGUCUCAAAGGACCUCCCGGAAUAUAACGGUGACCCAGAACAGUGGCCGUUAUUUAUUGCUGCUUUCGAAAGUACGACGCGUCUUUGUGGCUACACGAUAGAAGAAAAUAUGAUGCGGCUGCAAAAAUGCCUCAAGGGCAAGGCAUUGGACGCAGUCAGAUGUCAGUUGUUGUAUCCGAGAAAUCUUGAAAGUGUGUUAGCGACGCUAAAAAUGCUUUUCGGUCGACCAGAGGUUAUAGUUCAUUCUCUUAUCCAGAAGGUCCAGUUAUUGCCUGCACCGAGAGCAGAUAAACUCUGUACUUUAGUUGACUUCGCAAUUGCCGUUAGGAAUAUGGUAGCAACACUUCAGAAUUGCAACCUGGAAGAACACCUUUGUAACAUUUCUCUCAUGCAAAAUCUCGUAGACCGAUUACCACCCAUGAUUCGGCUUAACUGGGCAACACAUCGCCAAGGUUUACGCCAAGCUUCCCUUGCCGAAUUUAGUGCAUGGCUCUACACGCUUGCUGAGGCAGCAAGUACGGUAACUAUUCCACAAGGUCAAAAUGUUGCAGACAAAUCUAGAAAGACGCGAAAGGAAGACGGUUUUUUGAACGCACACAUUGAGUCGACUUACCAGCGAAAUACAUUUACGGGAGGUCCCAGUUUCAGUGGAUGUUCCGUUUGUCGAGGAAAAUGCGAUGCGGUGGAAAAUUGCAAGCAGUUUCUGGUACUCGAUCAUUCAUCUCGAUGGAAUGCGCUCCGCGAACAUAAGUUGUGCCGCUGCUGCCUUGGUAAGCACCAGGGCCCGUGUAAAUCCGCUAAAGUAUGCGGUAAAAAAGGAUGUACGUUUAAGCAUCAUCGGUUGCUGCACAACGAUGCAAAGGAUAAGCACUCCUUCAAUCCCACUCCCACUGAAUCGGGUCGGAGGGAGCAAUCUAGUGGUGGUAGUAAGCAUGACGCCACCGAGUAUGUUUGCAACACUCACAGAAGCAACUUUAAUUCGGUCCUGUUUCAGUACGUUCCGGUGACGCUUUAUAAUAAAGACAUGCAUAUUGAUAAGUUCGCCUUUCUCGAUUGUAGAUCAUCGUUGACGCUACUAGAGGAAGGACUGGCUUCAGAGUUGCAUCUGAAGGGAGAAAAGCGUCCGCUUUGCUUACGUUGGACCGCAGACACCUGCCGUUAUGAAAAUUCGGCCAAGAGAGUCUCGCUCGAUAUUGCGAAAAUAGGAAACGGUAACAUAAAGCAUCGACUGACUGAUGUUUACACCGUGAAGGAGUUGAAGCUUCCUUCCCAGUCUCUAUCGUUUGCAACGUUAGCCUCGCAGCAUGCACAUCUGCAAGGAAUACCUGUUGAAUCGUAUGAAAACAUUCAACCACGUAUCCUUAUCGGCAUGAACAAUAUACGCGUUGUGAAUCCAUUGAAAUGUCGUGAAGGUGCAGUACACGAGCCUGUAGCAGCCAAGACGCGAUUAGGAUGGAUGGUAUACGGAAUGUGCCCCACGGGAAAUAAAUCGUCUUCAAACAUUGCACCACACAGUUUUCAUAUGUGUCAUCAUUCAACCGAAAAUGAUGCCGAAUUAAAUUCUAUGGUUAAGGCUCAUUUCGCUCUUGAAAAUUUGGGAAUUUACAAACCAGAAAAGAUGUUACUGUCUACAGAAGAUGCACGUUCAACCGAGCUUAUGCGAUCAGUGACAAGAUUCGAGAAUGGAAGGUAUCGAACAGGGCUACUGUGGAAAUUCGACGAUAUUCGAUUUCCUGACAGCAGACCGAUGGCACUACGCCGCCAUAAAUGUUUGAUGCAGAGGAUGGGACGCGAUUCAAGCUUAGCUGACACACUCAAAGCAAAAAUGGGCGAAUAUAUUCAAAAAGGCUACGUUCGCAAGCUUUCACAAAUGGAACUGCAACAGUCUAGGGAUCGCAUAUGGUACUUGCCAAUUUUUCCCGUGUUCAAUCCGAACAAGCCGAAUAAGGUCAGGAUCGUCUGGGAUGCGGCGGCAGCUGUGGCAGGAGUCUCACUCAAUGCCGUCCUCAUGAAAGGGCCCGAUCUUCUAACAGCAUUACCGAUUGUAUUGUACAGAUUUCGGGAGCGACCGAUUGCAGUGUCUGGAGAUAUCGCUGAGAUGUUUUUACGUGUAGCGAUGAAUGAACGAGAUCAACACUGCCAGCGAAUUAUCUGGUGCGAUGAGGAGGGUAUGCCUGCCGAAUACGUGGUAACGGUAAUGACGUUUGGCGCCAAAUGCUCACCGAGCUGCGCCCAAUUUAUAAUCAACGAGAAUGCGGCACGUUUUGCAGAACGCCUUCCCAAAGCAGUUGAAGUCAUCAAGAACGGUCAUUACGUUGACGAUAUGUUAGUCAGCGUCGACACAGAAGAAGAGGCAAUAAAGCUAGCGAAGGAUAUCCAGUACAUCCACCUACAGGGCGGCUUCACAAUGAGAAACUGGAUCUCAAAUUCAACAUCCGUCAUGCAAGCACUGGGUGAAACUGGAAAGGCCGAGAAAAGCCUGAGUAUAAACGAUGAAACGGUACUUGAAAAAGUCCUCGGAAUGUGGUGGGACACUAGGACGGAUACAUUUCGCUUCAAGCUCUCCACUGAGCGUAAUCGAAACAUUUUGUCUGCUAGCAAAAACCCCACCAAACGCGAUGUACUGCGCGUGCUAAUGUCAGUCUACGACCCCCUCGGGCUGAUAGCACACUACAUGAUUUAUCUGAAACUGCUGUUCCAGGAAAUAUGGAGGAACUUUAUGGGAUGA